AUGUGGAUUCUCCACGGCAACGUAACUGAACGCGGAGACGUCGGCGGGGGUCCUGGGAAGAGUUCUCUUUUCUUCUUAACAGCCUAUCACCCUGAAAUCGGUUUGUCCGGAGCUAGGGUUCCACGGCUGGCAGAGCACUGCACCUUUGCAGUGUCCGGUGCGCCCCCGACGACCCUUGAAAAUCCGCGGGAAGGAAUAGUUUUCACGCCAGGUCGUACUCAUAACCGCAGCAGGUCUCCAAGGAUUGGCUCUAAGGGUCGGGCUCGCUGGGCCUUGGGGGGAACCCCCCGGAGCAGGGUGGCACUAGCCGGGCAACCGGCCGGCGCCGCCCAGCACCGGGGCGGGGACGCCCUUGGCAGGCUUCGGCCGUCCGGCGGGCGCUUAACGACCAACUUAGAACUGGUACGGACAAGGGGAAUCUGA